GAGCUUCACGGGUCGUGGAUCGCUUCAUACUUUCGGGUGAUUGUGUGGACUAUUUAAAGGCCGAACUCACUGAUAUUUUGAACAAAAAAAGACCACGAGGCUUUAGAAAAAAAAGUUGCGGAUGUGAAGAUAAACACAAAAACAACAAAAAAGAGCGAGUUGAGAGGAUAUUUUAAGUGUUUAUCGAGAGUGAACUCUGUGUCAUUGCGGCGAAACUCCAAAGAUUCGUUGUGUCUUCAGAAGGAUUUAAGAGUAAAAAUCAGAUAAAUGUCGUGCCGGAGGACUCCUGGAUUUUCGUUGAUGAUGUAAGGAUGGCGUGGAGGUGCCGCCAGCCUUGGAGGCUGAUGAACACCUGUCAGGAUGCACAUAGCUUCAGUGGGCGUCAGCAAGCUCUGCUUCCUGAUUUCCGUUGCAUUUUGCAGCCUCCUGUUUCUGCUUAUCCCAGCGUUCCAGCCCCCAGUACACCGAGUGGACCUCCCUCGACCCCGACCUCAAGUCAGACCCACCAGCACGACCAAAGGCUCUGACUCUGCCUUCAAAUCAGACUUGUCCACAGUGGCAAGUGGAAGCAUGACCGGGCAGGGAAAAGCCACAGAGACUAAUGUUAUUAACGCUGACAACCAAAGUCCAAAGACAGGAACUGACUCUCUCAGAGUCCCAGGAGGAGGAUCUGUGCAUCCUUUAAGUGUUGGUGAGUUUGCAGGUCCUAGGUUCCAUGACCCAGUGGAGUUGAAGGACAUUUUUAUCGCUGUGAAGACUACCAGGAAGUACCAUAAGUCCAGGCUGGAGCUGCUGGUUCAGACGUGGAUUUCAAGAGCUAAAUCUCAGACAUACAUAUUUACUGACGGUGACGACAAGGAGCUACAAGUGAAAGCAGGAGUCAACAUCAUCAACACCAACUGCUCGGCUGCUCACACGCGUCAGGCUCUGUGCUGCAAGAUGUCUGUGGAAUACGACAAAUUCAUCGAAUCCCAGAAAAAGUGGUUCUGCCAUGUGGAUGAUGAUAAUUAUGUUGUCCUGCCCAGCCUGCUGCGGCUGCUGUCCUCCUAUCACCACAGCCAGGACGUGUACCUGGGCCGGCCCAGUCUAGACCACCCCGUGGAGGCAGCAGAGAGAGUGAAGAGCGACGGCUCGGUGUCUGUGAAGUUCUGGUUUGCCACAGGUGGAGCUGGUUUCUGCAUCAGCCGAGGGCUUGCACUGAAGAUGAGUCCAUGGGCCAGUUUGGGGAACUUCAUCAGUACAGCGGAGAAGAUCCGUCUGCCUGACGAUUGUACUGUAGGCUACAUCAUUGAGGCCUUGCUGGAGGUGAUGCUGACACACACCCUGCUAUUCCAUUCCCACCUAGAAAACCUGCAGAAGCUCCCGGCAGCCACAGUGCUGCAGCAGGUGACUUUGAGCUACGGAGGGUUUGAGAACAGAAGAAACGUGGUGUCCAUUGGUUUCACUGGAGGGUUUUCACUGAUAGAAGAUCCCACAAGGUUUAAGACUGUCCACUGCCAUUUGUAUCCUGAGACUGAAUGGUGUCCGAAGUCCAGUGGUCAGCAGAAGAACUGAGGCCGCUCUGAGCCCCCGGCGGUGGUUCAGCUGUCUGCACCUCCAACUGAAAACGUUUUGAUUGGCUCUUUGUCACCUCAGAGUGGCGUGUUUAUGGCAGCGUAAUGGAGAAUGAUCUUUUUUAGACGACACACCGCUGAUGUCAUAAACCAAAGAAUGACUUCACAGAAGACAAGUGGUGGAACCACGAGUUUGUGGAAGCAGAAUUUUAUUCAGUCAGACUCAACUUACUGUUUUAUUUUUUAUUUUUACUUUUAAAGAGGUAGUUGUCUGUUUCCUACAGCAGUAUUACUUUAUUCUUACUAUAUAGCUCACUUAAUAAAACUAUUUACAAAACUGCGUGUGCACGCAUGUGUGCAAUGUAAAUCUGCUGUCACAUGAUGAGAUGGUUUGAAGGUCU